UCUCCGAUUUUAGAUCGGAGCAGGGCCUCCUGCCGUUGAAUUUCGUGGCGUAGGGUGUGCUUGCUGCGUCUCUCGGGUCAGCAGACGUUCGGUGCGAGAGGAGAAGAAGAGAGACGACGACUGCUGUUGCCGUUGCUCUGCCGUUGCCGAUGCUGCUAGUGGCGGUGGUGGUGCGCCGGUGGUUCGACUCGACCGAGAGACCGAGGACAGGUAGUUCCUCCGCGAUAAACGAGUGAUGUCAAUGCGAGGACGAGCCGGUCCUCGUAACGCUCAACGUAAUGACUCUAACAGAUGGUACAUCGAGAAUUCAAAUAUCACCACGAUGGGAAGAGGAAGAUCGAAUCCUGGCGGUGCAAGGUCGCAUCGGCGAGGAUAUCGUCGUUGAAUUGAAACUGAGAUCGACGGACGAUGCGGACGAUUUGCAGCUGGAGUUCAUACGCGGCGAUCGACCGAUGCCAUCGAAUCGGUAUCGGUUGCAAAUGAGGGGCAAUAUCGUGCAACUAACGUUGAAACAGUCGCAAAAGGACGACACCGGCCAGUAUGCUCUGGUAGCGACGAAGAUCGGGCAACCUUUCGAAAAAGGAUCCACCAGGAGAAUUCAUUUGCGCGUCGACGAGCCCAGUUACGAGGAAGGCGAACCGCCGAUUUUUCUUCGGAGAUUGACGGACCUCGCGGUCAAAGUUGGCACCAGAACGAGAUUCCUCGUAGAAAUUCGAAGCUCCACGAAUCCGAAGGUAACCUGGCACAGAAACGAUCUACCUGUUCAAGCGGGAUCGAGAUUCUCCUUCGUACACGAGGGUAACUUUUAUUGCGUCGACGUUGCACCGGUAAAAGUCGAAGAUCAAGGUAAUUGGACUUGUAUGGCGGAAAACCAAAGCGGCAGAUCAUCGUGCACGUCGCAUCUCAGCGUCAUCGUGCCGAAAGCCUACAAGAGGCCAGAGUUUGUGGAAGAACUUCGAGCUCUGUUAACGGAAACGGGGACUGUAUCGUUGGAAUGCAAAGUCGUUGGCGUACCAACCCCGGUAUUGAGAUGGUUCAAAGACAACAAAGAGAUCAAGGCCGGCGACGUUUUCGCGCUAACGGCAAAUCCUGACGAUCCUACUUCUUUGGGGAUUUACACCUGCGAAGCCGACAAUUGCAUGGGCACGGCAUAUUCCUCUUCGAAGGUACACGUCGUUGGUAAGGGUAGCCGAGAGGGUUCCUUAAAACCGGCAGACGCGUUAACGAGUUCAGGACCACCGCCGGUGUUCAAACGAAUACUCCGGGACGAAUGUUGUAGAAUCGGCGAUUCCGUAACCCUCUCGUGUCAAGUUCACGUACCGCCAUGGCCAAAAUCGAUAACGUGGUACAAUCAAGAAGGGCGCAUAGAACCGAACGAAAAGUAUCACGUGAUGGAGGACGGUCUCGGUGGUUAUUCGAUAGAAGUGAGAUUGGUCGAAGCCAUGGACGAGGGCGAAUGGAAGUGCGUCGCAACGAGCACAGAAAAUGUUAAACAAUUUACGACGUGUCAUGUCGCUAUGAUCAUUCCAAAGAACUACAGGAAACCGCGUUUCAUGGAGAGCUUGAAGGCGGUUCUCACGGAGGAAGGAUUGGUGUCCUUCGAAUGCAAGGUCGUGGGUUUUCCAACUCCAUUGCUGAGGUGGUUCAAGGACGGACAGGAAUUAAAACCAGGAGACGUUUACCAAUUAACGGGGACCAACUCUUUAGGUUCUUACUGCUGCAUCGCAAGAAAUUGUAUGGGCGAGGCAAAGAGUACCGCGGAGUUGACGAUCGAAGAUAUUCAGAAUCAGCUGAACGAGGAAGAACGUCUUCAACUUUUGAGCUCCGACGAGCCACCAAAGUUUAUCAGAGGUUUAAGGAGUUGCGAGGCGAAGAUCAACGAGGAAUUAUUCCGAUUCACGGUGCAGGUGAGCAUUUCACCGGAACCAGCUCUCUCGUGGUACAGAGACGACGUGGAGGUGGUCGAAGGUGACAGAUUCCGUACGGUCAAGGAGAAUCUUGGCACGUGUCAUCUCGAAGUCCGCCAACUUGAAAUUUCCGAUCAAGCCGAAUGGAAAUGCGUGGCUGCCAACGAUUACGGGCACAGCGUUACUUCCUGUUUUCUGAAAUUAAUCAUUCCUAAACAUUACAAGAAGCCGAAAUUCUUGGAGGGCUUGCGAGCGAUACUGUCCGAGGAGGGUGCUGUUAAUUUGGAGUGCAAAGUGAUCGGUGUACCCCAACCGAUUCUCAAGUGGUAUAAAGACGGCAUGGAAUUGAAACCAGGCGAUAUACACAGAAUAAUCACGGGCCAGGAUGGCACCUGCUGUCUGGGAACUUACACGUGCGAAGCUAUCAAUUGCAUGGGUACGGUCAGCAGUUCCGCCUCCCUUUUAGGUUUCGAAGACAAAGUCAAUGCUCGGAAGGACACGAAGGAGGACGCGCAAUCGUCGCCGAACGGUCACGAGCUGGCAAGAAAUUUGUCGCUCUCGACGAUUCACGAAGAGAGGACGUCUCAAUUGUACGAUACCCCGCAGACCGAUCGUUCCGUCACUUUUGACGACAGAGGGGAAGUAUCGUUCAGUUUCGACGGUAAAGAGGUCUCGGUGAGCCUUUACGAAACUCCCGAUCUUACGGAAGAGGAAGCUCUGCAGAUCGUCGAGAUGUACGCCGAUCAAUUAUCCGAGCACGUCACGGAGCACAACGUUAUCGAAUUGCCACCGAUGAGAUUCGUUAAGGAGAGCUCGACCUCCGGUAAUCUUUUAAUGGAGGCUGUCGUGAUCGACGUUUCGCCGGAUUAUUUCGUCAGCGCCGAGGAUGGCGACGAUCUAAGGACGGAAGCGGAUUUCGAGGAUGUCUCGAUCAUGGACGAUCAGACUAGAGUCUUCUCUUCUCCGGAAGACGAAUCUUUGUCGUUGAAGAGAUCGGCCAAAUAUAGCUGGGAAGGCGAAGAGAAGCCGCCGACGAGACCGCCAAGAAAGAAGUCUACGAGUCGCUCCUCGUCUAAAAGCGAGGAGAAGAGCGACGAGAGGAGUCAGAGAUUCGAAUCGGAGAGUUUUCACAGCGCGCGAAAAGACGAGGAUCGACCGAUGUCACCGCUCUCGUCGGAAAGAUUGGACGACAGCGAGUGUACGACCUUCGCGGACGCGUUGUCGUCCGCGCGACUUUCUAUCUCCGAACAAAAUAAACAAAAUAAAUCAGCGAUUCGCGAGAACGAGGAAAACAGGGAGAUCCUCGCCGGCGAUAAAUCCAGCGCGGACGUAGCUAGAAGCAGCGACGAUCCGUCUCUCGAAGCGAAAGAAACGAGGCGCUCGCCGAAGAGAAAAGAAAAGAAGGAGAAAAGUGUCUCGGAAGAGUCUACGUCAUCGAUCGCAGCCGAUCUCGAUGGAAGCAAGGAGGAGGAGAAGAGGAGGAGGAGGAGGAAGACGGCAUCCGACGAGUCGUCGUCGAGGAACGACAAAGAGCGUAUUUUAAAUAAAAUUAAAAGAUUGACAGAACCCGUCGUCGCGAUCCGCGAUUCCUUGGUCGACAUAGAUCGUUACGAUAGAUUUUUGGAGCUCGAAAGCGAGGAACGAUCGCGAGAUGUAGUUUUGGAGGGGAUCGUAAAACCGAUUCAGACUCUUUGCGAGGAAGUGUCUUCGAUAGAGGCUGAAGCUUUGAAAAAUACGGAGGACAGGUCUGUCGGUCAAACGAUAAGGAUAUCCCUGCUGGAAGGUGUCGGUGGACCGACCGAAGAACUUCUUCGCGGUAUCGAAUUGAUAGACCGACAACGAAGCUUCAAAGCACAGAGAUCGGACGUAAUAGCAAUUUUAGAGUCUUUGACCGAUCCGGUCGACGAAAUUCUGACGGGUCUGACUAGAAUCGAAUACGAGUUGACUGGCAACGCGAGGGGAGAAAAACCGGUGUCUUUUCUACGAAUGCGCCGUGCCGUUUCGCGAUUGGACGAAAGUUUGAAGAGUCUUUCCAAGGAGGGUAGAGAACCCGUCGAGUUGCUUUCGUUCUUGGAUGAACUUAUAAGGACGUUCAACUUACUCCUGCAGGAUGUUUCGAUAAAUCCAACGACGGGUACGAUAGAGACGGUGGACACGGUGCUCGUAGAGUCUUUGUCAAAAUCCAUCGAGGAUACCGUCAGAGCGAUUAAUCGGACGGAAUCGACCGAACGGCGUCCAGGCAAAGCGGAUUCUCGGCUGACCGAUCGACUGUUGCAACCUGUUCGAGAAUUAAGGGCCAAGCUCGCGACGUUGACGGUCGCGUUAGAGACUUAUGAAAAUAAGGGCGACGUUAUUACGGAACGUCGUGCCGGAUUGAUAGCCUCCUUAAGAGAGUCCGUAAACGACGCGCUCGUGGAAAUUCUCGAUUUUCAAGAGAGAGGAGGAACGGAGAAGAAAGAGGAGGAAUGCGAGGCGUCGAGGGACGAUAGCCUUCUCGAGGAAAGCAAGUACGUCUUCGAAGAUACGCGAUCGGCGCUUCGGGAAGCUCUUGAAAUUUACGAGACGAUAUCCGGUUCGUUGGAUCCUCGAUUCGCGGCCGUGUUUGACGGAAUUAGCGAGACGUACGAAAAAUUAUGUCCACGGGAAAAGGAAGUCGAUGCCGUCGAAACGUUGCUCGGUAUGGAGGUGCAAUUGAACGUUCUACGAGACACCUUGACGGACGUGUCGACCAUCAAAGAUUCCGCCAACGUAUUGAAACUUUUAGCUCCGUCCGUAAGUCGUUUGACCGUCGCUGCGAAAUCGUUGAAUCUCGCGUCCGUCGUUCAACCGAUUCUGUCGAUUUGCUCGAAUAUCGAAGAUAUCAUUCGAGGAGCUGAUGUGAAUCGGGAAAGCGACAAGGCGCGAUCUUUGUCGUCGUCUUUGUCGGCUCGGGACGCAACCUUGUCGGAGAAACUUCUCGAUCCGUUGAUAGAGGUUCAGGCGACUCUGAGUGCCGUUAUUCAGGACUUGGAAGAUAUCAAGUCGACCGUAAACGGUGGCAUCGCUCGAGAACGGAUGCUCGUGACGCACGAAUUUUCCUCGGUCUUGAUAGAUCUAAGACAAUGCAUAUCCGAUGCGGCGCACGCGGCGAUGUCCUCGAAGGAAAGCGAAAUGUUUCAUUGUCUGACGGACGUCAAGGAACCGCUGUUGGAUCUUCGAGUUAUGCUGGCGUCCAAGGACGAAAGCGUCUUCGGGGAAUUGGCCGUGUCGACGAAGAGAACGAUGUCGACGUCGAUCGGAAGAUUGCAAGACACGAUGGCAAUGAUCUUAAUUACUCCUUCGUCGUCGAACCUUACGAAAUCGAUGAAAGCGGAAACGAGAGAGAUCUUGGAGAUAAUGAAGGAAAUUCAGGCACGGAUGCCGGCGUGGGUGGUCGACGAUAUCGUAAUAGAUACCAUGCACGAUCGCAAAUUGGAAGAUCUUAACGUGGACGAAAAAUUGGGUAGCAUCAAUUACUCUCUGACGUCGGUCCUGGAGAAACAAAAGGAGAUCGGGGUCUCGUCGUUGUUGGCCAAUUGCGUGGAAGCCUUACGUGAGAACGUCGCGAGCUCUGCCGUAGCGAUCGCUACCUUGAAAACGCCAAAGGACGACGAAACGAUCACGAAGGAGGUGUCUAGAUUGGGAAAGCCCUUACUGACUUUGCAGCGGGCAUUGUUGACCGAAGAUCACAAAGUCGAGGAAGUAGUAAUAUUGAACGAUUUGAUAAAUCCCAUCGGUAGAUUGAAAACACUGAUGGAGGAUAUUGCGAAAGCCGGCAAAUCUUUGGAAGAAAUUAUUCCCGUGGUAGAGCUGUUGGAGGAAAUAGAAAAGGACGUAACCUUGAUCGCCAAGGAAACUUCCAAGAAAAAAGGCAAAUCGAUAGGAGGCCGCGAGGAAAAGACGUCGUCGAGUGUACUGGCCGAUACUAUAAGUCGUUCUUUAGAUCCCAUAAGAAGUUGGCUGUCGUCGACGUUCGAGCAGGACAGUACGAGGGACGAAGAAGCGUCCGCUCUGAGCUCGUCGGUCGACGAACUUAGACGAGACGUUACGAGAAUCGCUAUAGAAACGUCUUAUUCGGAGCCACCGAGCGAUCGAAGCCUGAUCGAAGCUCUGGCCGAACUUCGGGAACCUUUGAUCCGAUUGAAAAACGCGAUCUCGAUCUAUCACGAGCCCGAGGAUCUCUCUGCUCUGGAAACGUUGAGUCGACCAAUGAGAUAUCGUUGAAGAGAUAGAGAAUCAGAUACCUAUAUCUAUCAAGGAAGCGCUUUAUAAAAGGGAGCUGCGACAGGUUGUCCAGACGUUGGAAGAAAAUAUCGAGGAGGGAACGCCGGAGAUAACGCGGGAAAUCGAGGGAAAUG